AUGUCUGGAAACUCAAACGUUGGCAACAGCGCCGUUUACGAGGCUGGCGAUCAGAGAAACGCUAAGGAGGAGACCAACAACGCCGAGCGUUUCCACGAGGGCAAGGAACACUCUCACUUGGCGACAGACUCCAAGGAUGAGCGUUCCAUCGCCAACAGACUCGCUGCUGAGGAGAAGAAGAACAAGGAAGGUGAUGAGGAAGAGUCCCUCGAGACCCGCCUUGGCAAGGAGGACGCCACACUCCCCGCCAAGCUGCACGGUAACAAGCCUUCCAGGGGCGCCGAGAUCGAUAAGCAGCUCCAGGAGGAGGACGAGCUCCGCCUGAAGCAAAAGGCUGGAAAAUAG